AUGGAAUUCGACCUUUUCCAAGGCAUCAAAGAGGAGGAUGUCAAGAUGAGCUCCAAUAAUGGCUGUGAGUUGGAGGAAGAAAGUCACAAGGCCACCUCUGUUCAAGGACAGCCCUCCCAGGCCUCCCUAGGCCGUCUUUGGCCGGAGGGCCCGUCUGGCUGGCUCGACGGCCCUCCGACUUGGGUCUUCAAGGCGGAUCAGGGCAUCGUGAGCCUCACUGCCAUGGCUGCGAAUGGCGCGACCCAAAAGGGCGAGAGCCGUGAGCUGCCGGAGCAUCCGACGGAAAGAGAGACGUCAAGCUCUCUUCAGACGAACGAACAAAACACCAGAGACAAUCUCAACAAUACCAGCAAUGCAAUGGCCGACCCCAACUUGCUAGCCCAUCUCGGAGGACAACUGAUGGAGUUGGCGCAGCAGACGGGACUGCCGCCGACGACGAUCAUCCUCUCUUACGUCGAGCUUCUUAUCCGCAACGACAACCAGAUGGGUUCGGGCCGAGCUGCAAUUGUCGACCUUCUGAGUCGCAAUGUUCCCAAUGUGAGGGCCAUGCCCGCUGAUCAGGCUGGCGGAAGCCAAAACCUGGCCCAGAAUCCCGCCCCUGGCACCGGACCCGUGGCUCCGCCUGGUCGAAUGAUUCCAAUUCCUGCUGCUCCCAUCCCCAACAUUGACUUUGCGGCUCCGAUUGCCCAGAUGAUUCCACGUCCUGCUGCUCCGGUUGCUGCUGUUGCUCCCGCUCAGGCUGCUCCUCCAGCUGUUGCUGCUCCGAUCCCAGCCAAUCCGGUCCCCCAGGCUCAGAACCAGGCCAAUGCCGCCCAGGCUCAGCCUGGUCAGACCGCCAUUGAGAGACGGUUCAGCUGCCGGUUCUGUCCCAAGGACUUCACGCGCCAGUCGAGCGCGAACCGCCAUGAGAGAACCCACCACCAGGACCAGGUGUAG